UAUCCUGUUAAUAAAUGAAGAUACAGACUUUCCUGAGGCCUGGCCCAGUUGUAGAUGGCAAGAAACUUUUGCUUCAGUUAAGACAGUAAAACCAGGACACCUGAAGUCACAUCCUGAAUCAGUAAAGUGUUCUGCCCAAGAUGGGUGGAGAAUGGUGAUUUCCAUAUAAGGCAACGUGUCACAUGGUCAGAUCCAAGCAAUAGAACUGAAACAGCAAGUUCACUCGAGACGAGUUACUGAAGUUCACACACAUGGUGUAAAAAUGCCGACUAACUUUACUGUUCUGCCUGUGGACGAUGAAGGAGCCCCAAAGGAGGGUGCAAGCCUCGCUGCAGAGAACGACCCCGAAGUACUUGCAUCUGGAGAUGGAAUUCCCAAAGAAAGUAGUCCUUUCAUCAAUAGUACAGACAUUGACAAAGGAACCAUGUACGAAGGAAAAAACUUGGCACUUUUUGAGGAAGAAAUGGACAGGAACCCAAUGGUCUCCUCCCUGCUUAACAGACUGGCAAACUAUACCAACUUGACUCAGGGUGUCCGAGAACAUGAGGAGGCAGAAAACAAUGAGGAGUCACGAAAGAAGGAAAUUAAGGCUCCUCAAAUGGGCACGUUUAUAGGAGUCUACCUGCCAUGUCUACAGAAUAUUCUGGGAGUUAUCUUGUUUCUGCGCUUGACAUGGAUUGUGGGAGCAGCAGGAAUCUUCGGAUCUUUUUGGAUUGUCUUCAUUUGCUGUGCUUGUACCUUGCUGACUGCAAUAUCGAUGAGUGCCAUUGCAACCAAUGGUGUGGUGCCAGCCGGAGGCUCCUAUUACAUGAUUUCAAGGUCACUGGGCCCAGAGUUUGGAGGGGCUGUAGGCCUUUGCUUUUAUCUGGGAACCACAUUUGCUGGAGCUAUGUACAUCCUGGGAACGAUUGAAAUCCUUCUGACCUACAUUGUUCCAAGUGCGGCUAUCUUCAAAGCAGAUGAUCCCAGCCAGGAAACCCAGACCAUGCUGAAUAACAUGAGAGUUUAUGGUACAUGCACAAUCACCUUGAUGGCUACUGUGGUAUUUGUCGGAGUCAAAUACGUCAACAAACUGGCUCUGGUUUUCCUUGCCUGUGUUAUCCUUUCCAUCCUUGCCAUCUAUGCAGGGGUCAUCAAAACUGCCUUCAGUCCACCUGAUUUUCCCCUCUGUAUUCUUGGAAACCGGACUUUAGCCAGCAAAGCCUUUGAUGUAUGUGCUAAGGUCAGCACUGUAGGCAACCAGACAGUGACAACGCAACUCUGGCGACUCUUUUGUGAUAGCCCUUACCUCAAUGCCACAUGUGAUGAAUACUUCAAUCUCAACAAUGUCACUUUAAUUCAAGGGAUACCUGGGAUUGCAAGCGGAGUAAUAAGUGAAAAUAUCUGGAGUACAUAUGGGUCACAGGGGGAGUUGUUGGAAAAGAGAGGACUGCCUUCUGUGCCUGCCUCGGAGAGUGCAACAAACACAAGACUCCCGUAUGUCUUCAGUGACAUUGCGACCUACUUCACCAUGCUGGUUGGCAUCUACUUCCCAUCUGUGACAGGCAUUAUGGCUGGCUCAAAUAGAUCUGGAGACUUAAAGGAUGCUCAGAAAUCCAUCCCUACUGGAACACUGUUAGCAAUUAUUACGACUUCUUUCAUUUACUUGUCGUCCAUUAUCUUAUUUGGUGCUUGCAUUGAAGGUGUGCUCUUGAGGGACAAGUUCGGCGAUUCUGUAGAUGGCAACCUUGUCAUUGGGACUCUGGCUUGGCCAUCACCCUGGGUUAUUGUGAUUGGUUCUUUUUUUUCAACGUGUGGUGCUGGCCUCCAGAGUCUCACUGGGGCCCCUCGGCUAAUGCAGGCUAUUGCAAGGGAUGGGAUCAUUCCUUUCCUGCGGGUUUUUGGUCAUGGAAAGGCAAAUGGUGAACCAACAUGGGCCCUCCUCCUCACAGCUGGUAUUUGUGAGAUUGGCAUUUUGAUUGCUUCUCUCGACAGUGUCGCUCCUAUUCUUUCCAUGUUCUUCCUGAUGUGUUAUAUGUUUGUGAACUUGGCAUGUGCACUGCAAACACUCCUGAAAACGCCCAAUUGGAGGCCACGAUUUACAUACUACCACUGGACUUUGUCCUUCCUGGGGAUGAGCUUAUGCCUUGCCUUGAUGUUCAUUUGCUCCUGGUAUUAUGCGCUGGUCGCCAUGGUAAUAGCAGGAUGCAUCUACAAGUACAUUGAAUAUCGAGGGGCCGAGAAGGAAUGGGGUGAUGGCAUUAGGGGGCUGUCCCUGAAUGCUGCUCGAUAUGCUCUGCUGCGCUUGGAGGAUGGUCCACCUCACACCAAGAACUGGAGGCCUCAGCUGUUGAUAUUGCUGAACUUGGAUCCAGAACAGAAUGUGAAGCACCCUCGGCUCCUGUCAUUUACCACACAGCUUAAGGCUGGCAAAGGGUUGACCAUUGUUGGCUCUGUGUUGGAAGGCACUUUCCUGGACAGGCAUGCUGACGUACAGAACGCUGAGCAGAACAUUAAGACCUUGAUGGGGCUGGAGAAGACAAAAGGUUUCUGCCACGUGGUGGUAUCGUCCAACCGGCGAGAUGGGGUCUCCCACUUGAUCCAGUCAUCUGGCCUGGGAGGAAUGAAGCACAACACUGUGCUGGUGGCGUGGCCGGAGUUAUGGAGGCAAACAGAUGGUCCAACAGGGUGGAAGAACUUUGUAGACAUGGUAUGUGAGACAACAGCUGCUCACCAAGCGCUGCUGGUGACCAAGAACAUAGAUUCCUUCCCAACAAACCAGGAGCGUUUUGCUGGAGGCACCAUUGAUAUCUGGUGGAUUGUCCAUGAUGGGGGAUUGCUGAUGUUGCUACCAUUUCUCCUCAGCCAACAUAAGGUUUGGAAGAAGUGCAAGAUGCGCAUCUUCACCGUUGCCCAGAUAGAUGACAACAGCAUCCAGAUGAAGAAAGACUUGCAGUUAUUCCUGUAUCAGCUUCGUCUCGAUGCCGAGGUCGAGGUGGUGGAAAUGCUUGACAAUGAUAUUUCAGCCUUCACAUACGAACGAACUUUAGUGAUGGAGCAAAGAUCACAGAUGUUGAAACAGAUGCAGCUCUCCAAAAAUGAGCGGGAACGCGAGAUUCAGAGCAUCACUGAUGAGUCCCGGAGCACGACACUAAGGAGGAAUUCUGCACGCGCAGCUUUGGAAUUCCAGGACAGGAAUCCUGAUGAUGUACCAAGUGAAGAGGCCCAGCUGAUACAUGACAGGAAUGCAGCAGCCCACUCCUCUGGCACUGACCGACUCUCCGUUUCUCCUGAAGGAAUACACAUGACCUGGACCAAAGAGAAAAUCACAGCAGAAAAGAACAAAAACAAAGAAUCUUUAUCUCCAGAAGGUGUGAGGGAUAUUUUUAACAUGAAACCAGAAUGGGGAAAUCUGAAUCAGUCCAACGUUAGGCGGAUGCACACAGCAGUGAAACUCAACGAAGUCGUUGUUAACAGGUCCCAGGAUGCCAGACUUGUGUUACUGAACAUGCCAGGACCCCCCAAGAACAGACAAGGAGAUGAAAAUUACAUGGAGUUUCUGGAGGUGCUGACUGAGGGCUUGAACAGAGUCCUCAUGGUACGAGGUGGUGGCAGCGAAGUGAUCACCAUCUAUUCGUAAGACUGCUGCGAUGUAAUGAAGCACAAAUACCAAAUGUGAUGCCAACAAAUUUCACCAGUGAUGUUUGGCUUUUGUGUGUUGAGGGGUGUUGGGGUGUGGUGGUUGCUUCUGUGUGUCCUUUGCUGCUGGCAUUUCUUUUAGUUAUGGUUAGAACAGAGAAGUAUCUUGAUGCUGCGAAGACUUCUUCAAUGUGUAUUCUGGACCAUGAUUGAUUGAGUGACUGGAGUCAUUGCCACACGGUUUCUUGAUGGCAAGAGGAGAGGGGAGGGAAAAAAAGCACUUGCAUCAUGUGAACAGAAGACUCACUUUGUUUUCUCUCUCUGAACAAAUCUGUGCAAAUUCUGUAAGUGUAUACUACUGUCAAUAGUGUUGAUGUAUUCUUAGAUGCUUAGUAAUCAAUGGUUUUGUAUCUGUGCUGCUUUUCACAAACAGUUGCAUGGAAGCCCAGGAAGAUUAGAUCCAUUUGGGGGGAAAAUGAGUAUGCAUUAUUCAAAGUGUUUGUUUUCAUUGUAUAAAUAAAUGCAAAAUUCCUAUUUUUUUUCUCUAGUCAACCUUGGUUUCGCCCAGCUAAGCACGCCUACAGUCAAAGUUCUCUCCAGGCACUUGCUAGGGCUGGCCACCAGGUGGUGUUCCUGCUCUUUUUAUUCCUACCCAGGAGCUGAGCAUUAGGCAUUUCCCCUCAUUGAAGCUCAGUUGCAAUGGGGAGAAGUCUGUCUAUCUUUGAGAAGCCCACACUUUUUGUGGGCAUUCUUGUGCCACUUUACUGUUUUGUUUCUUUUUAAACCAGUUUAAAAAGAGUUUUGUUUCUUGCAAAAAGAUAGGCUUGAAUGACAGCCUUAUUUCUACAAAUAAUGUAGUGUAAAUGGCAUGAGUUAAAUGCUGGGAAUGUAUUAAACAUGGGUACUUUGUUAAAUACUUUUCUAUAAGUGGGAAAACCAGCAUUGUGUAGCAAGGUAUGAAUUUUUAAAUUUGGCUUGUUCUGGAGUACUCUCUCUCAAACUAAAAAACUUUCAUCUUGAUUAAAUGACCACCAGGAUUAAAAUAAUUGUUUUUACACACCCAGAAUAGAGGCUGAAUAGGUACUUUAAUUUCUUUUUAUUUCUACACAUUGUACAAAUGUACCUCUGGGAUUUCUACCUCUUUGCUUGCCUAAUGAGUAUUGGGUGGGUUUCAUACAAGGUUUAUGUGUAAAGAACUGGAUAUCCACCCUCCAAGACUAUCCAUCUGUUCAUGGUGAAUGACACUGCAAGAAGGGCAGUACCUUCUGCAUGGGGUUUUUUUUGGUACAUUUGCAUAGAGAAAAUCACAUAGGUUUAAUGUUCUAAUUGAGAAGAUCUUUCCCAAAGGUUCACUCUAUUUUUAUAGAAAUGAACAACUAAAUGCGAUGCAUUUUUCUUCCGAGUUUGUUAUUUUUGUUCAGUUUGAAACCAUCUUAUGUUGCUCACAAAUCACCUGGUUCCUAUUUUCUGAAGCUCUUGGCGUUGAAACAUAUUUAGUAGGUAUAUUGCCUCCCUGUAAUCAUGGGUUAAGUAAAGCGGUUUAAAAUGUACCAAGAUUUUCUGAGGUGCUUUCACAUCAAGGCACAUGGGCCACUUAUUUUGAGCUCAGCUGUCUGCACAGGCUUGGUUAUAGCUAUGGACCUGGUUCCGAGUCAGUGCAGGCCUGGGUCUCUCAAUAGCCCAGGCCGGCCUUGCCCUGUGGGCAUAGUUUCUCUGUCACAUAGUGCCCUAUAAGGCCACUUUUGUCGUUCAUGUUAUUAUAAAGUUAACACUUAAUCUCUCAUUUCUUGUUUGUAACUGCCCUCUCCAUGUUGACAUUUGCUAUGAGUUACUUUAUACAUUUCUGCUGCAGUUUGGUGAUGGGACCCUUUCUCCAUAUCCGAUGCUACAUUCAGUUAAUGCUCUGUUCAUAUAUAGGCACCUUGCAUCUGCUGUAUAUUAAUCAUUGAUCUGAAUGAAUGCUAAACUUUCAUGGCUAUUUUGAGGUGAGAGACCUGCAAGAUUCUAUACAUGUUGAUCUUUAGUGAGUCCUGUUUCAUAAGUGGUGAUAUUUUUUCUUGUUACUGGGUCAUUUCUAUUUAGUAAGAGAAAACCAGAUGCAGUAUUUCCUGUUCACCAGCUUACUUGGAUGGCUUAACUGUUAGGAAACCGAAGGCCUUCAGCAUGACUGAAGUAAAUUCAACUCAACCUUUUGCCAUCUUAAACUUGACUGUUACAAUUUUUUAAGUUAACUCGACUGCACUUAGGAUUUGCAAUGAAAUGACCUUUUAUUGCAGAAUCCUGCGAAGGAAAGAAAUUGAUCCAUGCCCAUGCCUGUGUGUGUUCCACACUAUUUUAUCCUUUUAAGAAUGGAGGCUCUGAUUUAAAAUUCAUAGGGAUCAUGUGUCACCAAACAUUUUAUUAAAAGUGUACCGAGUUUAUAUUCUCUUUGUAGCCCAGUCAGAUCACUGAUGAAACAAAACCAGAAACUGCUGGGAAAGCUCAGCAGGUCUGGCAGCAUCUGUGAAGAGAAAUCAGAGUUAAC